AUGCCUGUGACUCUAACACCAACUGAGAACCGUCCUCGCGGGUGGCCAGGGCAAAAGAUAUCAACCGCUGAAAACUUGCUUGAAUUUUCUUGCCCCAAGAACCAUUGCAAAAGCAAGGCCUUGAUCCAACAAUCCUUUUCACCCAGGCUAUUCGAGACGAAUUAUAUCUCAGCUUCAAGUCAUGGUUUUGUCUGGGCAGUGUUCAACGCCUAUAGUGACCACCACGAACUUAUCAUCAGGCCCGAUGAUGUGUGGCUGUCCAUCCUAUCGCAAUUGAAUUUCUAUAUCAACAGCCACGCAGAAGAUCUACGAGACAAAUUUGUCUCUCAUCAGGGUCAGACAGAGUUAGAAGUGAUUUCGGCUGGCACCGCAAAGAGUGCUGAUUUUGGCGCCAUCUCCCUGCGCAUGACAGAGCUGGUUCAGAAAAAUGUGCUUGACGAAGAGCUGCGAAGCUGGAUUAUGCCCACGUUCACUACCACUGUGGACUCAGAUCGGGUUGUUGCAGCAACCCUCAUGAUGGGUGCCUUGCAGAAAUACUUUACCUACAAAUCUGGAUUUCUGUGCGGUAUCCCAAAAGUGACACUGCUGGGUAAGCGAGAAGAUUGGGAGCUCAUGGUGACCAAGCUUGACAAGCUGCUGCAGUUAAGUGACGAGACCAAUGUCUUCGCCCAGCUACUGCGCCCAGUACUUAGUUACUUUGUGGCAAGUUUUGAUAACCCGGCCGCUCCCGAUGUUAUAAGUUUCUGGAACAGAUGUGCACGCAGAAAUACCUGUGUGAGUGGAUCAGAUGAAUUGACUGGCUGGCUUUCGGUAUUUUGCUUCUGGAGUGAUGAGGGAGAGCAAUUGGGCCUGCCUGGUAGACCAAUUCGCCCAGUCUCUUUAGAGGAAUUCAAAUCGCCCGAAACUCGAUAUAAUCUGGACAACGUCUUUUCUUGUCGUGUCGACAUAGAUAAGAUCCCAUCGGGCUUUGCGUCAGUUCCUAUCAAGAUUGAUGACAAUGGCCAUGAAUAUGAUGCUGCUAUGCUUGCUGGUAUUGUUGGGAUUCAGGCUAAAUUCACAGGAGCAGAUGUCGAAGAUGGUGCCUCUGGGAAUGCAGCCGCCAUUGAGGAAAGCACGAUGAGAAACACGGAAAUCAGUGAUCGUACUGAAAGAAAUGUUAUUCAGCCACUAUCUGGCUGGUGGAUCUAUGAAACAGAGAGCCAGAAGGAGGCUGAGGCUCGAGAAAUUGAAGCACAGAGACUCCGGGAUGAACUAUUGAGCUGUGCACAGAGCCGUUCAGGGGAACGCCUCCACGAGUUGAAAAGAGAGUUUUAUCUGCUUGUGGGUGAACCAUUGCUAUCUUGA